AUGAAAAUUCUAGCAGUAAUAAAAUCCAACAAAGACACUAGAUAUGGAUUGGAUUCUAUAGUUACAUAUGACGGAGUGAAAUUGCCAUGUUGUGCAUUGGCGAAUCUGUCAUCAUUCAGACAAAAAUUUGGUUCUGAUGCUUAUGAUAAGCUAGAUGUGAUUGGCAUUGAUGAGGCUCAAUUCUUUUAUGCCCUUUAUGAGUUUUGUCGUGAAGCUGCUGAUCAUGAUGGCAAAACUGUGAUAGUUGCUGGACUGAAUGGCGACUAUUUGAGAAGGAGCUUUGGUUCUGUGCUUGAUAUAAUUCCCGUGGCUGAUUUUGUUACUAAAUUAACCGCUUGA